GAAGGGGAGGUAUUUAAACCGCGGAACAGGACAGCAAAGACUAGCUCUGAACUCCCACAGAGUGGAAGGAAGAGAGAAGAGAGAAAAGGCAGAACAGAGGAGAGAAACGGAGUGCUACAGUACAGUCUGCUUAUAACCAACCACACACACACAUAUUUACAAACACUGUUUUCAGAACCCAGAACCAGACUUUCUCUAUCCAAGUCGACCAAGUGUGGACUCUAGCCCUCAAGACAUCUUACUGGAACUCUACCUGUGACUACCUUUCUCCACACACCACCACUCUCCCUCUUCUUCUUCAUCCCUCUCUCCCUCAUUCCGUCGUUUUUCAGGGUGAUGGCAUGGGCCUCUGUCUGUGGUGCCCUCGGCUGUGCCCUGCUGGCCCUGGUGUUGGGGACCGGUGUGGAUUUGGGGAGCCCCCCAGCAGCAGGCUUCUACCCCCGCUUCAACCCCUUCUUCUUCCUGUGUACCCACCAUGGGGAGCUGGAGGGGUCCGGGGUAGCCGAGGGAGGGGGAGAGGUGCUCCUCACCCUACAGAUUGCUGGGAACCCCACUGCCUACACCCCCGGACAGGAGUACCAAGUGACUGUCUCCACCAGUGUGUAUUUUGAUGGUCUGCUGGUGACCGGUCUCUACACGUCCACUCCUGUCCAGUCUGCUCCUAUCCCUGCUCCUGCUGCCUUCGGCUUCGGUGUGAUGCCGGAGCAGCGUCAGUUUAGGACUCAGUUUGUGUGUAGUGUCGUGGCGUCUCACGUCAGCCACCAGCCCUCCACCAGUCUCAGCUUCGUCUGGAUUGCUCCUCCACCCAGCACUGGCUGUGUCAACUUCCUGGCCACUGCUACACAUCGAGGACAGAUCAUCUUCAAGGACGCUCUUGCCCAGCAGCUGUGUGAGCAGGGAGCACCUACGGAAUCGCCAUUGAGACCCAGUCUUGCUGAGAUCAAUGGGAACCAUGCGGUGCUCCGUGAUGACUUUGACUCCAACUUGCAGGGAGAGCUGGACCCCAGAAUUUGGUCAGAGUGUAGUAACUGUGAGGUAGGAGAGCAGUGUGGGGUUCUGAUGCAUGGCAGAGCUGUCACCUUCUGUGAGCCCUUCAGAGAGAGAGAACUGACCACUGUACCUCUCAACACCACCACAGCCUCUGUCCUGCAGUUUGCUCUUGGUUCAGGCACAUGUAGGUUCAGUUACUCUGACCCCAGCAUCAUCGUGGCGUUCAGUCUGAACAAGAACAACGGCUCCAAUGACUGGAUCACCCUGGAGAAGAUCAGAGCUCCAACUAACAGCAGUACAGUAGUCCACCUCCUGCCCCUGCCAGUGCACUCCAGGGGAGAUGGGGUGCGUGUACGCUGGUCCCAGGAGGCCCCCCAGGGACCCGAAGGCUACGAGUCGUGCUGGGGCCUGGACAACGUACUCCUGGUCAACGCUGCUUACAUACCUCCCCUACUGGAGGAUAAUCUGGACCCCCCAGACACGGCCAACUGGCUUUUCUUCCCUGGGGCUACCGUCAAGCGUGCCUGUCAAUCAGAGGGCAACAUCCUGUAUUUCCAUGGCAACAACGAGGAGGGGGUGGGCCACACCUUCGCCUCCACCAGAGACAUUGACCUCCACCGAGAGGAGGGUCGGAGCUACUGGGAGGAGGACUUUGAAAGUCUGCCCACCAACUGGGACAUCGAGGGGGCUGUGUAUGGGACCCAUUGUGGGGAGAUAGAGUCAGGCAUGGCCCUGGUGUUUGAGAGGGAUGGAGAGAGGAAGAUGUGUACUCCCUACCUGGAUACCACCUCCUUCGGAAACCUUCGGUUCUACUUCACCAUGGGUGGUGGGGAGUGUGACCCAGGAGAGUCCCAUGAGAAUGAUGUCAUCUUGUUUGGUAGGUCAGAGGGGAGACGAGACCUUGUGCUGUUGGAUACCCUGCCAUACUCCUCUUAUAUGACUCCGUCAGUAGUGUCAGUAGCCCUGUCCACAGACCUCCAGACCCCCAUCACCCAGUUCUGCCUGGAGCAGCGGGCACAUGGCGGUGCCAACCGUCACGUCUGGGCAGUAGACUUCAUGCAGCUGCUGCCUGUCCUUCCUGGCACACUUACCCAUGUAGCACAGUUCUCCAUCAACCUGGGCUGUGGGUCCUACCAGCCUGCCAACAGUGUGAAUCUGGAGUUUUCCACCAAUCACGGUCGUUCCUGGUCGCUGCUCCACACAGAGUGUCUUCCAGAUUUGUGUGCUGGCCCCCACCUACCACACAGCACCAUCUACUCCUCAGACAACUACAGCGGCUGGACUAGGAUCUCCAUCCCACUUCCCAACGCUGCCUUGACUGAGACCACACAGUUUCGCUGGAGACAGAGUGGCAUGGCUGCUGGCAACAUGUGGGCCAUAGACAAUGUUUACAUUGGUCCAUCCUGCCUUCGUUUCUGCUCUGGAAGAGGACAAUGCUCCCGCACCGGCUGCAAGUGUGACCAAGGGUUUAAUGGUCCAGCAUGUGAGCUGGCAUCCCAGACAUUCUCUGCCUUCCUGUCUGAGGGUUUCUCCUCCCCCAGACUCUCCUCCUACCACAGUUUCUCCUCCCUGAGGGGAGCGGAGGUGAGUUUCGGCUGUGGGGUUCUGGCCAGUGGCAAGGCUUUGGUCUUCAACAGGGACAGCAGACGACACCUGGUGACCGCACCGCUCGACAGCUCUCAGGCCAGGUACCUCCAGUUCACUUUGCGUCUGGGAAGUCGUAGCAUCCUGAGCUCCUGUCCUGCCCCUGACCAACCAGGAGAAGGUGUGUUGCUGCACUUCUCCUCAGACAAUGGCAUUACCUGGAUCCUGCUGCAACACUACGCAUAUAAGGGCUUCCACGAACCCAGGAUUGUAUCAGUGGAGUUACCCCCCGGUGCCCGUAGGUUUGGGGUGCAGUUCCGUUGGUGGCAGCCGUACCACUCUGGGCGUGGGCAUGACGUUUGGGCAGUGGAUGAGAUCACUAUGACCUCUGUGCUGUUCAACACCAUAAGUCUGGACUUCAGUAAUGUACUUGAUGUCACUCAGAGUCUGGGUUUCUACCUGGGGCACGUCCAGCCCUACUGCCAGCACGACUGGACACUCAGUUUCUCAGGUGAUCCCAGCCCAGGCUCCAGUAUCCGUUAUGUGGAGACCCAGUCCAUGCAGAUUGGAGCCUCCUACACACUGCAGUUCUCAUUGGUCAUGGGCUGUGGCAGAGACCCCUCCCCCCACAUCGACACACAGGUCCGCCUGGAGUUCUCCACCAAUCAUGGCCUGACCUGGCACCUGGUCAAAGAGGCCUGCCUACCAGGGAUGCCCAGCUGUUCAGAGUUCACUGCUCCCAGUGUGUACCAUCCCUCUGAGUUCACUGACUGGAGACGCAUCACUCUGCCCCUGCCUCAUAGAGCAUGGUCCAGUGCCACGCGGUUCCGUUGGAUCCAGAACUACUAUGGAGAGCAGGAUGAAUGGGCUCUGGACGACAUCUACAUCGGGCAGCAGUGCCUUCAGAUGUGCCACGGACACGGAUGGUGCGACCACGGACACUGCAGGUGUGAUGAAGGUUUCUCAGGUUCAGACUGCCAGGCAUCCUCUCCUCUUUCUUCCAGCAUCCUGUCAGACUUUGAGUCCCAGGAUGGUCUGCUGGCCGUGUGGCAGGAGGUGAUUGGUGGAGAGGUGGUAACACCUGACAUGGGCUGUGGGGUGGUCUCCUCUGGGUCCUCGCUCUACUUCAGCAAGGCCGGAUUGAGGCAGCUGGUGAGCUAUGACCUGGACACAGAGUGGGCAGAGUUUGUGCAGUUCUACCUGCGUGUGGGCGGAGAUUGGGUACAAUGUAACAUGGCAGACAGCAGGGAGGAAGGAGUGCUGCUGCAGUACAGUAAUGACGGAGGAAUCAGCUGGGGACUCAUCGCUGAGAUGUACUUCACCGACUUCACCAAGCCACGGUUUGUCCACUAUGAGUUGCCACAGGCCUCUAAGACCCCAUGUACCCGGUUCAGAUGGUGGCAGCCCCUUCACUCUGGGGACGGCUACGACCAGUGGGCCAUUGAUGAUGUCAUCAUCUUGUCAGAGAGAGAGAAACACAUCAUCCCUAUGGCCAACCCCACCAUACCACAGAACUUCUAUGAGAAGCCGGCGUUUGACUACCCUCUGAACCAGAUGAGUGUGUGGCUCAUGCUGGGCAAUGAGGGUAUGGAAAAGGAGAGGAACGGCAGCUUCUGUGCUCCCACCCCCUCUGCCAUGGUGUUUGGGCGAUCUGACGGAGACAGGGUGGCAGUGACCAGAGACCUGGUCCUAAGACCAGGGUACACACUGCAGUUUAAGUUGAACAUCGGUUGCGAGUCUCAGUUCAGUGCAUCGGCCUCAGUCCUGCUGCAGUACUCCCAUGAUGCUGGCCGUACCUGGGCGCUGGUGAAGGAGGGCUGUUACCUAGGCUCCUCUGGGGCAGGUGGCUGUGAGGGCAGUGGGCGGGAGCUCAGGGAACCCACUGUCUAUGCCACGGGAGACUACGAAAGCUGGACCAGGGUUACCAUUGUCAUUCCGCGUAACGUGGCUGCCAGUAAAACGAGGUUCCGGUGGUUCCAGGAGAGUAGUGUGUACAGGGACGCUCCAGCCUUUGCCCUAGAUGGAGUCUUUAUCUCUGAGCCCUGCCCCAACCACUGUGGAGGACAUGGAGACUGCAUCUCUGGGGUCUGCUUUUGUGACAUGGGAUACACAGUUGAGCAGGACAGCUGCGUGCCAGCGGUGGCCAGCCCCACAGAGUUGGCAGAGGGCUUUGAGAGCAAGCUGAGCCCGGUUUGGCAGACCCUGAGUGGGGGGCAGGUUGGAGGGGGCUGUGGCACCAUCAGCGAGGGAAAGGCUCUGUACUUCAGCAGCCCUGGGAAGAGAGAGGCACGCACUGUACCUAUGGAUACAACAAACACACGGCUUGUCCAGUUCUACAUCCGUAUUGGAGGGAAGAAUGUUGGACCCACCUGCACCAGACCUCGCUCCCGCAACGAAGGAGUGAUAGUCCAGUUCUCCAACAACAACGGAGUUCAGUGGCAGUUCCUACGUGAGCUGGACUUUGGUUCCUUCCUGGAUUCCCAGGUGGUCACCAUCGAGCUGCCUCCACCCGCCAAGACUCCCUACACUGUGUUCCGCUGGUGGCAGCCACAGCAGGGUAAACACUCAGCCCAGUGGGCUCUGGAUGAUGUUCUGAUCGGUAUGAAUGACAGCUCCAGGACUGGCUUCCAUGAUAAGUUUGACGGGACGUCUCCUCUGAGACACAACUGGUACCGCAUACAGGGGGGAGAGAUCACUGUAGACUGUCUGUCUCUGGACACUGCUCUGUCCUUCAACAGCGACACCACUGGCAAGAAGCCGCGGUAUGCAGAAAGCUGGGACUUUGAGGUGUCAGGCUCCUCCUUCCUGCAGUUUGAACUGUCUAUGGGCUGCAGUAAGGUUGCCACCUCAUCCCACGGUGUCAGGCUGGAGUACUCCACGGACUGUGGGCGCCACUGGGCCCUGCUCACCCCAGAGUGUGUUCCACCUGCCAUCGGCUGUGCCGGCUACACCAUGAGCUCAGUCUACACCGCUACACAGUAUAACCGCUGGAGGAGGGUUACGGUGUACCUGCCCAGCACUGCCAAUUCUCCCAGGACUCGGUUCAGGUGGCUCCAACCCCACUUCAUCCCUGGGGCGGACGGUUGGGCCUUGGACAACGUGCUGCUGGCCCCUGGCUGCCCCUGGAUGUGCUCUGGACACGGACUCUGUGACAACGGAUGCUGUUUGUGUGACCGGGGUUAUGGCGGGGCCCACUGCGUGCCCUUGGCCCCCCUCCCCUCCAUUCUGAGAGACGACUUCAACGAGAACCUGGCGGCGGAGCAGUGGCCCGAGGUGUACGGGGCUGAGAGGGGGACUCUCAGUGGGGAGCCCCUCAAAUCUGGCACUGCACUAAUCUUCAAAGGGGAAGGUCUGCGUAUGUUGAUGUCUAGGGACAUGGACUGCACCAGCACUCUCUACAUCCAGUUCUCCUUCAAGUUCAUCACUAAGGGUGUCCCAGAGCGCUCCCACUCGGUGCUACUACAGUACUCUGUGAACGGGGGGAUCAGUUGGCUGUUGUUAGAUGAGUUUUACUUCCCUACUUCCACCGACACGCUGUUCAUCCACCUUCCUCUGCCCACCAGUGCCCAGACCAACGCUACCCGCUUCAGGCUCUGGCAGCCCUACAACAGCGGUAAAAAGGAGGAGGUGUGGGUGAUUGAUGACUUGAUCAUCGAUGGCAGCUCGCUCAACAACCCUCCUGUAGUCUCUGACAGCUUCGAGGGCGGACCCCAGGAUUACAACUGGCUCUUCUACCCAGGAGGCAACACUGGACUCUACUGCCCCUACCAGAAGAGUGGCCUGGAGGAUGAUGAGUCUGCCAUGGUGUUUGUCUCCAGUGAGUUGGGAGAACAUUCCAUAACCACCAGAGACAUUGAUGUCAAUGAAAACACCAUCAUACAGUUUGAGAUCAACGUAGGCUGUACGGCAGAUUCUUCCUCCUCUAACCCAGUGAGACUGGAGUUCUCCAGGGACUUCGGGGCUACAUGGCAUCUCCUGGUGCCCCUGUGUUCGGGGGGCCCCCAGCCCUCAUCCCUAUGCUCCACAGAGCUGCACCCCGCCAGCGUCUACUACCCCGGGACAACACAGGGCUGGAGGAGGGAGAUCAUCCACUUUGGAAAGCUUAGACUCUGCGGAUCCAUCCGGUUCCGUUGGUACCAGGGCUUCUACUCCAGCGGUUCAUCCCCCCCUACCUGGGCUUUGGACAGUGUGUACAUUGGCCCCCAGUGCCAGGACAUGUGUAACGGACACGGGUCAUGUGUGAGGGGUACCCACUGUGUGUGUGACUCGGGAUACUCAGGACCAGACUGCUCCCAAUCCGACACAUCCAACCCUGACUUCCUCAAGGAAGACUUUGAAGGAGGGGCGGUGGAUGCUGACAGGUUUAGGCUGCUGAGUGGAGGGAAACCUAGCAGGAAAUGUGGCAUCAUGUCCAGUGGGAACCACCUGUUCUUCAGCGAGGACGGCCUUCGCAUGCUGGUCACCAACGACAUGGACCUUUCCAACGCAAGGUUUAUUCAGUUCUUCCUGCGUCUGGGCUGUGGUAAGGCCUCCCCAGACCCCCGCUCCCAGCCUGUCCUGCUCCAGUUCUCUGUAGACGGGGCUCUGACCUGGGGCCUGCUACAGGACUUCUUCUUCUCCAACAGCAGUAACCAAGCUCGCCUCGUGGCCCUGGAGAUCCCUCUGCGUGCCCGUACCUCCGCCACACGCCUACGCUGGUGGCAGCCCUCUGAGAAUGGACACUUCUAUAGUCCAUGGGUUAUUGACCAGGUGGUGGUGGGAGGCAGUGCCAGCGGCUGGGGUCCUUUAGAAGACGACUUCUCCUCUAUGGACGGGCGUUCUUGGCUGCUCUACCCCGGGGGUACCCGCAUGCCCGUGUGUGGUUCUGACGGGGCGGCCUUCGCUUUCAUAGAAAAGUCCAACACGCGCUACGCUGUCACCACAGACAUCAGCCUGGGACAGGAUGCUUUCAUACAGUUUGAUUUCUCAGCUUCAUGCUCUGUCACAAACUCCUGCUACGCCAUUGAGCUUGAGUAUUCUCUGGACCUGGGUCUGCACUGGCAGCCUCUGGUGCGUGACUGUCUCCCGACCAGUCAAGACUGCUCCUCCUACACCCUACAGAGACUGCUGGUGGCAGACACAUACAACAAAUGGGGCCGAGUCACUCUGCCCAUUCCCAUCUACGCCAGGUCUCCAGCUACGCGGUUCCGUUGGUUCCAGCAGGCUCCGUUUGACAAGCAGCAGACCUGGGCUCUGGACAAUCUCUACAUCGGAGACGGCUGCUCCGACAUGUGCUCCGGACAUGGACGCUGCCAGCAGAGCUCCUGUGUGUGUGACCCAGAGUGGGAAGGCGAGUACUGUGAUGAGCCUGUGGCCCCCCUGCCCUCCCAGCUGAAGGACAGUUUCAGCCGGGCCCCCUCUCUUAGCCACUGGCACCUGGUAACCGGGGGAAAGCUCAGCACCGUUUGUGGGGCCGUGGCAUCUGGGGCUGCACUGCACUUCAGCGGGAGUUGUAGUCGUCAGCUGGUGACGGUGGAUCUGAACCUGACCAACGCAGAGUUCAUCCAGUUCUACUUUAUGUAUGGCUGCAUGACCCCGCCGAGCAACCGUAACCAGUGUGUACUACUGGAGUUCAGUCUGAAUGGUGGAAUCAACUGGAUCCUGUUGACAGAGAUCUUUUACGACCUGUACAGAAAGCCUGGAUUCGUCAAUGUACUGCUGCCCCAUGUGGCCCGUCAGGAGGGUGUGCGUGUGCGCUGGUGGCAACCGACCCACGAGGGGUCCGACCACAGUGACUGGGCACUGGAUAACGUCCUAAUCGCUGGUUCCGACCCGCGGGCACAGAUCUCUGACACCUUCGGAGGGGUGGCGCUGCCUAACCACGAGAGAGCGCCCGCUGAUGGUACCCCCACGGGCAGGAUAGGCCUGUUGAAUGAGGGAGAGGAGGAGAGCACCUCAGUGAGUGAUCACUGGCUGUUCAGUGAGGACUGUGCGGUUCAGAGGUUCUGUAGCUCUCCAGACGGAGUCAUGGUGUGUGGUAAUGAUGACGGCAGAGAGGUGUAUGCAGUCACACAUGACAUCGUCCCGGACAAAGGCUGGGUCAUGCAGUUCAAGAUUGUGGUGGGCUGCAGUGUGCCGGAGCGCCAUGCCGAGCAUCAGGUCCAUGUCCAGUAUUCUGUGGACUUCGGUGUCUCCUGGAGGUACCUGGUGCCCCAGUGUCUACCUGCUGACCCCUGCUGUGGAGGACAGAUCUCCCAGCCCAGUGUCUUCUUCCCUGCCCAGGGUUGGAAAAGGGCCGUCUACCCCCUAACGGACAGCCUGGCAGACACGGCGGUGCGUUUCCGGUUCUACCAGAAGCACAGUGAUACCCAGUGGGCUGUGGAGAACUUCUACAUUGGGCCAGCGUGUGACAGCCAUUGUGGGGGACAUGGAGAGUGUCUGGACCAGCGAUGUAUCUGUGAACCAGGCUUCACUGGACCCAGCUGCUACGCCAGCACUGCACUCAAGACAUCUCUGAAGGAGCGUUUUGACUGGGAGGGGGCGCCGGGCCCUCAGUGGCAGGUGUUGGAGGGGGGUCGUCCCUGUACUGACUGUGGGGUUCUGGUGGAGGGGACCGCUUUGUACUUUGGAGGAGCAGACGCCAGGCAGGCCGUCACCGCUGACCUCGACCUCAGAGGAGCCAAGUUUGUAGAGUACUGGGCCAGGAUAGGAAGUGAAGACAACAUGACCAUGUGCCAUCGCCCAACCUGUCGCAAAGAGGGAGUGCUGCUGGACUACUCCAAAGACGGAGGUGUGUCCUGGACCCUGCUUCAUGAGAUGGACUAUCUGAAGUACGUGUCUGUGAGGCGUGAUUACAUUGUUUUACCAGAGGGGGCGCUGUCUAACACCACGCGGCUGCGGUGGUGGCAGCCCUUCUCUGUCUCCUCCGGUCUGGCAUCACCCGGGCUGGAGCGUGCUCAGUGGGCUGUAGACAACAUCCUGGUGGGAGGGUCUGACAUCAACCCAUCCACCCUGCUCGACACCUUCGAUGAUGAGGGUGUGUCCCACGAGGAGAGCUGGAACUUCUAUCCCAAUGCGGUGCGUACGGCUGGAUUUUGUGGCAACCCAUCCUUCCACCUCUACUGGCCCAACAAGAACCAGGACAAAACACACAACAUCCUAGCCACCCGAGAGCUUAUAGUACAGCCUGGAUACAUCCUACAGUUCAAGAUUGUGGUGGGCUGUGAGGCAGACAGCUGUGAAGACCACCAUUCUGUCCUGCUGCAGUACAGAAAGGAUGCCAGGUCUGACUCAUGGCAGCUGGUCCAGUCAGAGUGUCUUCCCUCCUCUGUGAACAACGUGGGCUGCUCUCCCUUCAUGUUCCAUGAAUCUACCAUCUACAGUCCUGUCAACAGCUCUACCUGGACAAGAGUCACUGUCCAGCUGCCUGACCACGUCUCCUCAGGUGCCACGCAGUUCCGUUGGAUCCAGAAGGAGGGUGUUGGCGAGCGUCACGGCUGGGGGGUGGACCACAUGUACAUUGGGGAGGCGUGCCCAGGGCUGUGUAGUGGUCAUGGUUACUGUACUAGCGGAGUGGUCUGUAUCUGUGACGAGGGACACCAUGGUGAUGACUGCUCCCUGUCCGGCAGUGACCUACCCAGCUCCAUAAAGGAUAACUUUGAGUCAGGUAGCAUGUCAGAGGAGAGCUGGCAACUCAUCCAGGGUGGCGGGGUGGGAAGUGGGUGUGGUCAGCUUUCUCCCCACGCCCACGGUGACUCGCUCUACUUCAACGGCUGUAAGAUGAGGCAGGCUGUCACCAAGCCACUCGACCUGACACGAGCCAGUAAGAUCAUGUUCGUCCUGCAGAUAGGUAGUGUGUCCCAGACAGACAGUUGUAACACAGCCCUGGACCAGCCUGACACAGUGGACAGAGCUGUGCUGCUACAGUACACUGUCAAUAAUGGAGUUAGCUGGCACGUGAUCGCCCAGCACCAGCCCAAAGACUUCAUCAAGGCCCAGAGAGUGUCCUACAACAUCCCACUAGAGGCGAGAGCUAAAGGGGUGGAGCUGCGGUGGUGGCAGCCGCGUCACGACGGUGUGGGACAUGACCAGUGGGCGCUGGACCAUGUGGAAGUAGUUCUCACUCGUAAACAAAACUAUAUGAUGAACUUUGCCAGACAGACCGGCCUACGCCACUACUACAGCCGGAAGAGGCGGGCACUGCUACAACAUCGUGCCUAACCUCUGAGAAGAGGAUUCAUCCUAUGACCUGCCAAUCACACAUUUGACCUACCAACCAACCAACCACAUUCCUUUCUCCCGAUGACAUAUCACCCUGUUGAGUCCCACCCACCAGCAAAUGGAUUCCAGUCAGCCUUGGACUACACUCCCUCCCUCUCCAACCUUCCAAUCCCCACUCUGCCAGACAUGGGCCCAUCCCAUCAGUGUAUGCUGUAGCCAGUCAGAAGCCUUCCCCACCCCCAUAUGAUGGGAAGGAAUGAGACGUGACGGAGCAACAAAGGCAACCAUUUUGUUGACUUUUCAUGAACUUUCGGGUUUCUAGUUGUUUUCUAAUCGUUGCUGUACAUGGUUUUAUGAUAUGAUGAUUCCCUGUUCCAGUUGCGAUACGAUGAUACCCCCUGGCUUUCCCUGUCACCCCAUCCUACCCACCUCCUAGUCCUACUACUACCACACUGUGAAGUUAUUCCGAGAAAUCAGUAAUGACCAGGGAGCAUAGAGUUGGAGAGGGCACACUGUCACAGAAGUGAUAAUGGCAAAGAUAGGGAGUGAGCCCCCUUUCCAACUCUAUGCCAUGGAGCUGGGCUAGCUGGAUGCUUCCAAGAUCAACUGAGCCGCAGGGAGGAAACUUCCUCUACUUCGCGCCAGUACCUGAGGAGGAGGAUGAUGAUGAUGGAGAUGAGGAUCAUAACAGUGAUAAGGAUGCUAAAAAAAAGUACUGUGUUCUUGCUGUUCUGUUCAGUGUCUGUGUUCUUUUCGUGAUGGUUUGACUGUUGUGUUCCAUUCAUUCGUUUUUUACUAAUUCGUAUUGUGCUAUUUUUGAUUGGAUUCGUUUUUUCUCGUUUCCGUCUCCUCAGAGGCAGACGGAAGGAAGGAACAAAUCGCAAUUCGGAGGGAAUAAAAGACAGAAAAUAGAAUAUAAAAAAGAAAACAAAUUUAAGACUGAACAAUGAUUUAUUUUAUUUUAUUAUUUUUAUAUAUGUUGGUUCCCGAAAAUACAGAUAUUUAUGGUAGGCGGUUCUCCACGUAACCUAUUUAAAGAUGCACUGUGCGUGAAAUCUGUAUGUUAUUUUCUAGUGUUAAGUUAUUAGGCAGUCAUCCAGCCUCUCUCAAGGCCAUCGGGCUGCAACCCCCCCCAUUCUCUUGUGCUGUUACCCGCAUCCCUCUCAUUCUCUCUGCUAAAUUCUGCUCCCUGGAGAUGAGGCUCCAUCAGUGUUGUUUCUUGAAGUCUAAUGUGUAAUGUGGACCCUCUCCCAGCCCUAUCUCUCAGUGUAACUCCAGUAUAGCAGUCUCCUGUACAUACAGUAUAUGUAUAUCCACUAUGGGGAGACCCAGCAGCCUUAUAAAAGGGAAAUAAAGAACUGUCCAAACCUCA